UUUUAUUUUCUACACUCCUUAAUCUUCAUCUCAUCUCAUCUCAUCCUCCCUCUAUGGCGAGCGGCGGGUCAUCAGAGAAGAAGGACCCGAAACUAGUCCCUCUACUAGAUUCGAGCAAGUACGAGGAGGCCGGAUUUUGGAGAAGAUUCUGGGAUGAAUCGAAGAAACUAUGGCACUUAGUAGGUCCGUCCAUCUUUAGUCGUCUAGCCACUUAUUCCAUGUUCGUCAUCACUCAAGCCUUCGCCGGCCAUCUCGGCGAUAGCGAGCUCGCCGCCAUCUCCAUCGCUAGUAAUGUCAUUGUCGGUUUCGCUUUUGGCCUCAUGCUAGGAAUGGCGAGUGCUUUGGAAACGAUGUGUGGUCAAGCAUUUGGUGCAAAGAAAUAUAACAUGCUUGGGAUAUAUCUACAAAGAUCAUGGAUCGUUCUAUUUGGAUGCAGCAUCCUUCUUCUUCCACUUUACCUAUUCGCUUCACCAUUUCUAAAGCUUUUGGGUCAGACCGAUGAGGUAUCGGAGCUUUCCGGCUACGUUUGCCUAUGGAUGAUUCCAGUUCACUUCAGCUUUGCGUUUCAAUUCCCACUCCAGAGAUUCAUGCAGAGUCAGCUCAAGAUGGCGGUGAUUGCUUGGGUGGCACUGGCGGCGCUGAUUGUGCACAUUUUGGUUAGUUGGGUGUUUGUUUACGGGCUUAAGUUAGGUCUUGUCGGGGUUUCGGUUACUCUUAAUUUCUCGUGGUGGGUUUUGGUUAUUGGGAUGUUUGGUUACACUGUUCUUGGUGGUUGUCCUGAAACUUGGACUGGUUUCUCAAUGGAAGCUUUUUCUGGUCUUUGGGAUUUUAUCAAGCUUUCUGCUGCCUCCGGCAUCAUGCUAUGCUUGGAGAAUUGGUACUACAGAGUAUUGAUAUUGAUGACUGGUAAUUUAAUGAAUGCAGAAAUUGCUGUAGAUGCAUUGUCCAUUUGCAUGAAUAUAAACGGUUGGGAGUUAAUGAUUCCUCUGGCCUUUUUCGCUGCAACUGGAGUAAGAGUAGCAAACGAGUUGGGUGCUGGGAAUGGAAAAGGAGCUAAAUUCGCAACUCUAGUGUCGGUUAUGACUUCUUCCGUCAUCGGACUUGUAUUUUGGGUUUUGAUUAUCCUUUAUCACGAUAAAAUAGCGAUUAUAUUUUCCUCGAGUAAGCCUGUUCUUGAGGCGGUAAACAAACUUUCAGUACUAUUGGCCUUCACGAUUUUGCUCAACAGCAUUCAACCGGUUCUUUCGGGAGUUGCGGUUGGAUCCGGGUGGCAAUCAUAUGUUGCGUAUAUAAAUUUGGGAUGUUACUACAUGAUUGGAGUUCCUUUUGGAUAUUUACUAGGAUGGGUUUUCAACUAUGGCGUCAUGGGUAUAUGGGCUGGAAUGAUUUUUGGGGGAACAGCAGUACAAACUCUUGUAUUGAGUAUCAUCACCAUUAGAUGUGAUUGGGAUAAAGAGGCAAGGAAGGCAACAACCCACGUCACAAAGUGGUCACAGACUGGGAGGAGUGGACCUAAUUAGUUUUUUUAUUUUAUUUUAUGUAAAGUCAUUAAUUAUUAUUAUUAUUAUUAUUAUUAUUAUUAUUAUUAUUAUUAUUAUUAUACGAGCUUGGAUUGGAUUGGAUUGGCCAGGCCAAUUAAAUCUAGACCUGAUUUCUGAAAAUUAAAUAAAUUAUAAAACUUAUUAUUCA